AUGGCCUCAAUAUUGCGUAAGGGCACAAGUUUUCUUGGAUGUCGUCGAUUGUUCACCUGUACGCGAAAAGAAAACAUAUCUACUUCAGAUCAGAUUUUUCUGUUAAUCGAUCCAUCCAGUUUCACUGUAUCACCACCCCUCCACAACUCAAGUUUUCUACCUAUCCACCUCACACUCCAGCGCCCCACUUCCCAGCCUCUCUACCAAUCUGAGUAUCCAGCCACCACUCUAGAUUUCUAUCUUACUACUAUUCUCCAUUUACCUAUCACUAUGACUCUACCUCACGAUCAGACCUACAAACCGCCUUUUCCACAGUGA